GUACAUCGAACCUUAUCUUGUCUUAAUUUCCUUGUCCGAAAUCGCGAUUUAUCAAGAGCGGUAUAUAGGUUGACGUAAUGACAUGCCACGCAUAGGUUUUCGCGUAAUCUCCGCCGAAAUCGUGUAACUGUACUUUAAAAAAUACCGCAUUGCAAUUUCCACUACGUCAGUUGGUAGAAAGAUGGCGGAGAAGAAGAAUAAGGGAAAACGCCGAAAGGACGAGUACACAUCGCCUGGAGAUCAAAUUUUGGAGAAACCGGCGAAGGAAGAGUACGCGAUCGCGCAGUGGAUGAGAAAAAAUGUACCCAUUAAAAAGACCAAGUUCCUCAGUCACAACGUUCAGUAUUUUACAGCAUCUAAAGCAAUCGACGCACUUUUGGAUUCGAACUGGAGCAAAGGCAACGAUCCUCUUUUCAAAAGUCGAGAAUUCAUCGUCGAUUACCUGCACACAAUGCUCGAGCACAAGUUUUUCCAUCGCGCACGAAAGGUGCCCGUGUCGGAGCAAGAGCUGAAGGGCAAGCGAAAAGAAAAGAAGGCGAUCGACUCCGGCGACGAGAAAAAAGAAAAGGCCAAGGAAAUCGAAAAGGAAAAGAAAGAAAGGGGGACCGAUGCCGAAAGCAGCGUGACCGAGGCGAAAAAGGAGGAGGGGACCGAUAAAGAAAAGCGUAAACGGAAAAUUAGACUCGAUAUGCACAACGACCAACGUUUUGUGGAUGGGUUAGACGCAUAUGUUUGGAUAUACGAUCCGAUCCCUUUUCAUUAUUGGAUAAUUGGAACUUUACUUGUACUUGGUGCUAUUGGCGUGUGCUUAUUCCCACUUUGGCCGCCAACAGUCAGGUUAGGCGUGUAUUACCUCAGUUUGGCAGGUGCCGGAUUCUUAGUGUUUAUAAUCGUAUUGGCUAUACUACGGCUCAUUAUAUUUUGUUUAAUUUGGCUGCUGACGCUAGGUAAGCACCACCUGUGGAUAUUGCCGAAUUUGACGGAAGAUGUCAGCUUUUUCGCUUCCUUCUGGCCGCUAUAUACAUCGUUUCAGUACGAGUACAAAGGUCCGAAACCCAAAAAGAAAGAGAAGGAUUCCGAUGCAGAAGACGAACCGGACAAAAAAUCCGAUGACGAUUCGAGCAGUAAAAAGAAGCUCUUGGAAGAUGACAGGUCGGGUGAUGGAACUAAUGGCCAGAAUCGUGUGGAGGAUGUUCACGACGGAUCCGAAAGUGAAAGUGAAACGAGUCAACGUUCCAGUACCGGGAAAGAUUUUGAAAUGGUCGAUCAAGUAGACAUAGAUUCUUAACAGCCUGUUGGAUAUUAAUUCAUGUUUAAUCGCUGAAUAAAAUAAUAUAUUAGGAUGAUGCAUUUUGAAUAAAUAAAUAUUUUAUUUAUAUCACGACGGUAUUUAUUUAGUUUUUUUGUAAUCCACAGUAAGGGACUUUGAUUUCAGUUGUAUUACCAUUCAUUCCAUUGAUGUAUAGUAUGAACUAACCUAACAGUGUUUUUUAGUUGAUAGUUUUCUUUGUGACUGAAUUUAUAUUGUUGAUAAUGGAGCUUUUAUUUACAAAAAAAAUCUCAUAUAUUGUAGAUUGUUAAAAUUCUCUUAGAAUUUAUUUUAUAAAGAAAUAUAUAUAUUGACAUACUUAAUAUCUAACAAAUGGUUAGUUAUUUUUACAAGUUAUAUGACCGUUCUCUUUUGCUCUGCUCUAGAAAGCGCAAUAGUCUACAGGAAAGACGGAACUGAUACAUUUAUUUUAAUUUGAGUUGUUUGUAGAAUAGUGCUGUUACUAGUGUCUUCUUUAUUUAUGGAAUCAUUUUGUAGAUAUUUGCCAAAUAGAAUAGACGACUUUGUUAAAAAGA